AAAAAAGAGAAGCAGAGAGACAGAGCUGCAACUCAGAAGAAUUGGCGAGCCAGCCAGGAGGAGCUCCCAAAUACAGUGAAUCUGACACAUUGGAGAGAAAAUAACAAGCAGUUUUGUCAGGACAAGAAGAAGGCAGAGCGUAAAGAGUGUGAGAGACUCUCCUGCUGAUUCUCUGAGCCACUUAGGUGUCGACUGGAGAAGAAUGGAAGAGAUGAGCAGAGCUGAGGAGGAGUGAAGCUUUUUAGUGUUAGUGAGGAAGAGCUCUGUCACUCUUCGGGUGUCGCUUUAGAGGAGGAGGAGGAGGAGGAGGCAAAUGUUCCUGGUCUCUUGAGAGAGAGAGAGAGAGAGAGAGAGAGAGAGAAAGAGAGAGACACAAACACACAGAUAGAGAAAGAGAGAGAGAAGAGGAGGGGACAGGCUGACAGCAAUACAGGAAGAGCAGGGCUGGCAGACGAUGUGCUGCUAACUGAAGUACUAAUGCUCCAGACCAUUUACGAGGCCGACUCUUGUUUCUCCGCAGACGGCAUCGGGAAACACCGUCUGCCUCUGAGCCCUCACGACACUGACAUGCACAACGUCAACAACUCAGUGGACAUUAAGCCAGAGGUACCACUGGCUCUUGAUCCAGGCUCUCCACUGGAUCUUCGUACAGACAUUAGGAUGCAGGGCUCUGCUUCAGAAGUCACUGUCUGGGAAAGACAACUUCAACAAGAACUGCUCCUCAUUCAGAAACAGCAGCAGAUUCAGAAGCAGUUACUCAUCACUGAGUUCCAGAAGCAGCACGAAAACCUGGUUCGCCAGCAUCAGGCCCAAAUACAGGAGCACCUGAAGUUGCAGCAGGAACUUCACGUCAUGAAGCAACAACAGGAGCAGCUGGAGAAAGAACGGAAACUAGAGCUCCAGAGUCAGGAGAGAGAACUGGAGAGACAUCGGCGCGAACAACAAGUGCUGGUUCUGCGGAACAGAGAGCGGACAAGAGAGAGUGCAGUGGCCAGCAAUGAGGUCAAGCAGAAACUCCAGGAGUUUCUGUUGAGUAAAUCCACCAAAGACAUUACAUUGAAUGGGAUCCCUCAGAAAAUCACGCAGAGCUCUAAACUCUGGUACACGGCCUCCCAUCACACCUCUCUAGAGCAAAGUUCACCUCCUUUGGGAGGUGCGUCCUCCUCUUGCAAGAUCUCCCUGCCCUCCCCACAGGACUACCGGGACGACUUUCCUCUGAGGAAGACAGUGUCCGAGCCCAAUCUGAAGGUGCGCUCCAGGUUAAAGCAGAAGGUUGCGGAGAGGAGGAGCAGUCCCCUUCUACGGAGGAAAGAGGGCAAUAUCAUGACACCCUUCAAAAAGAGAGCAUUGGAGCUGUUGGAAUCCACCGCCAGCAGCAGUGCUCCAGGAUCAGGGCCCAGUUCUCCCAACGGGGCCUGCAGUGCCUUGGGGGCUGAAAACGGACCCUCUUCACUACCAGUCACCACACGGACUGAGCGGUGGCCGUCACAGUCGAGGUUAUUAGGGCCUGAAAGCUCAGUGUCUAUGUUAAAUCUCUAUACGUCUCCAUCGCUGCCCAAUAUCUCUCUGGGUUUCUCGGCUGCCUCUUCUCCCAUCAGUGCUGCUUUAGGUCUUCAGGAGAAGCAUGUUGAUAAUGGUGCCGUAUCAGCGGUCAUUCAAGGAUUGCCAACCCAACUUCUGGGUCCAGUUCCAUUGUCUGUUAUGGAGACCAAAGUGAGCAGCAGCCACCAAGCUCUCCUGCAGCACCUCCUCCAGAAGGAGCAACUCCGGCACCAAAAGAUCCUCUCUUCUGGUCAAAGUCCUGUGCAUCCACCCUCUCCGCUGGCCAUGAUGGAAAACUCUCCAAGCAGCACCCGACCCAAACUGCCUCGUCACCGGCCCCUGAAUCGCACCCAGUCGGCUCCGCUGCCCCAGAGCACAUUAGCUCAACUUGUGAUUCAGCAGCAACAUCAGAGCUUCUUGGAGAAGCAGAAACAGUACCAGCAACAGGUCCACAUCAACAAGAUGCUUUCCAAAUCCAUCGAGCAGCUCCGUCAGCCAAAUGUCCACCUGCAGGAGUCAGAGGAGGAAGAAGGAGAAGACUGUCAGGAACAUGCCAUGCAGGAGGAGAGCUCGCCCUCUGGUGGCGUCAUCCGGAAGCACAGCCCCCAAAACACCUCCCGCUCACCCACCAUCCCACUGGACUCUCACCCUGGCGUUAUCCGGGUCAAAGAGGAGCCCGGCGCCAGCGAUGACGAGACAAUGGCCAAUCAGAGCUCCUACAUUCACCAGGUUAAAGGCAGGAUGGUGAUCCAGGCCAUGAUAUGAAGAAACAUAAUGCACAGAGCCAUUUGCUUUCAGAGCUUCGGAACUGGUCUCAUUUGUGAACUUGUGAAGUGAUCUCUCUGUAUUGUACGUUGUAUGUUUUGUAUAUAAUUGAAUAAGAAUUUAGCCGACAGAGUCUUUUAAAUGCUAAGAAAACAAAGUCGGAAUAAUAAUUUAAGAAAUCCUUUCUACUUUCUACUUGUCCUUUGAGAAUCCACAACUCUCAAAGCUCUUGUAGGAUCUUUCUGUGAUUUUUCCCAUGGCACUAUGGAGUUCUUAUCUUUGCUUUAUUAUGAAUGUUAUUAUGAAGAUAUGUUACGGUAUGAGAUUUAAGAAAAAAGAAAAAAACUGUGUCUGUUAAGAAAUACUCGUGAUUGAUGUCUGGAAGCAAGAACAUUCACACAACGAAUGAAUGGAAUAGUUUGAGUUUAGUACAAAUCCUGCUCAAAUUACAGCACUUUCUGCAUAUUUUUUCAACAUUAACAACUGACAUUUUUAAACUUCUAAAUAUAAUUUAGAAAAGCACUUUCAUUACUUAUGUUUAGAAAGAAAACUUUUUUUCAAAUGUUUACGGCCGUGUUAAGAGGGGUUGUAGGCGUUCCGUUGUUGUAAAAUGGCAAUGAAGUUGUAAAUUUGGAUGUAACUUUACACAGGCAAGGUUUGUAAGCACUUAAAUCAUGUUAAAGCUCUAUUCAGUCUCUCCAGGAUUUUGUGAGCCCAUAGUUCUUAAGAUUACAAAAGAAGAAAGCAAGAUUUUUGUGUAAUUUCAUGGCAAAACACAAAAAUUGAACCAAAUAAUCAGAUACGUUUUGAGAAAAGCCCCCACAAUAAUAAAAUGAGGAAUUUUAGGUCUCACAUGUAAAAAAAAAAGCUAAAUCCUGGAGGCAUUGGCCUUUCAGGUUAAGAAUGUCAGCUAUAUCCAUAACUUUAACAUAAUUUAGCAUCCACAAUAACAUUUUCGCUCAUUAUUAUUUCAGUUUUGCAUCUGGCACUGUAAAUGCUCAAGAUCUUAACAGGUUUUAAUGUGCUGCUGCACAACAUCUGUAAAAAAAUUGUGAAAGUGAUUCCGAUGACAUUUUUCUGUCAAUAUUGGUGUAGUUGUUGCAAUUUUAUUUUAUUUAAUAAAAGCCUUUAAAGGGAUAGUUCACCCAAAAAAUGUUGUUUACCUCACAAUUUACUCUCAUUCAUGUGGUUUUUAACCUUUAUGAGUGUCUUUCUUCAGUUGAUGGUUGAUGGAACCCAUAUUAUGAAAGGUAAUGGGCAUCAUCAGCCAGCAUUUGGGUAAACUAUUCCUUUAAGGGAACCAAAAAAUUGUUAUUCUCACUUAUUCCCAACCUGCACGAGUUUCUUUCAUCUGCUGAGCUCAAAAGAAGAUAUUUUAAAAAUAUUAACAACAGUUCAUGAUAACCAUUGACUUCUAUUGAAUUUCUUUUGUUUUCCUACUGUGGACGUGAAUGGUUACCAUUAACAGUUUGGCUAUACCAAUAUUAUUUUUUUAAAUCUCUACUGUCCAGCAGAAGAAAGAAACCCUUUCAGGUUUAGAGGGUAAGUAAAAGAUGACAGAACUGUCAUUUUUUUGCAAAACGUUUCCUUUAACAUGUUGUUUUGAAAUCGAGUAUUUGAACAUUUUGGCCAAGUUCGUUUUUUUGCUUUUGUUUCAUUGUAGGCCAAGUGCUGUCGAUUGAGCUUGACUUGUAUUGAAUCCGAUGUUCCUUUAACAGUUGGAACAAGACCUGGAAAGCUCUAGAAUGACAUUCUGUGUUCCUUGUUCUUUUGUGGGCCGAAUCGAAGGCUGUCCCGUGAUGGCGAGCGGCACUCUUCUCACUAAAUUUUGAAAGUUGUAGAGGAAAUGCCUGGUGGAAGCCAGGAAUCAGAGUGAUUCAUGAGUGCAGGAAUGCUGGGAGAGGACAAAUCCAUGCCGAAGUCAGAGAGCGCAGCAGUGACUCUGAUUUACUGUUGAGGCAAAUUACAAAGUGAGUGAGGAGACGGCGGGGGGAGUCACUUUUAAAACCAAUCAUUUCCUCUGUAUUCCCACGUGAUGUGUUUACCACCACAUGCAGGCUUGAUGUUUUUUGAGUAGGAAAAAAAAGUAAUAGUUCUGUUCUCGCCUGAGGCGGUGUUGCAAUUCGAAGUGCUCAGAUCAAUUCCUGUGAUAUCUCCAGCAAAUUUUCUGCCAUUUGUUAGCCAGUCAUUUUUUUUUUUUUUAGGCUUUUGGUGUAAAAUUAUUUGUUUUUUUAAACAAAGUCCUCUGAAAAAACAUGCAAAAAAAGAAAAAAAUGUUUAAUUGAUGUGAGCCAUCACCAUGUCUACAAAUAGCCUAUGAGUCAACCUGAGCUGGCCUGUUUCGUUCCUGUUGUCUGUUCCACUGUUCUGGAUGUUAAUGCAAACUGUCUGCUAGAGAUAGACUGUCACAUUUAGUUUGUAACCGUACUUGUUCCCGUCUGUCACAGAUCACCUUUUAUAUAAAUAAAGUUCUUUUCCAUGCUGUA